GUGGUUUCACAUACAAGCUCUGGUUUUGCAAAAUAUCCGAAGCUUUGUCAAUUAUUUGUUUGUCUUAUUAGUCUAAUGUAAUGCUCUUGGGCCGGACGCUGCUGUAAGUGUAGAAGAUGUUUAACCACAACCUCCUGCUCCAGCAGCUCCAACACCAGCUUCAGCACCAGCAGCAACACCAGCAACACCAUCUUCAACAACAGCAGCAGCACCAGCAACACCAGCUUCAACAACAGCAGCAGCAUCAACAGCAGCUUCAGCAGCACCACCAGCAACAACAACUUCAGCAGCACCAGCAGCAGCUUCAGCAACACCACCAGCAGCAGCUGCGGCAGGUCGUACAGCACCAGCACAUCCCAUCGGGGCGCGCUCUGACACCACAGCCGCCUGCUCCACAGGCCCCGACCUCGUGCUACCCACGGCAACACCCGCAUGGGCACCAGGGCCCGCGGUUGGUGCCCGCUGCUGCUGCGUUUCGCCCAUGGCGCAAUAUUCCCUCGCCACCUGGUUUCUCGGUACCUGGAGGGCCGCGGUUCAGCCAGUUCUUCAUGGCUGGGGUCAGAUCUUCCAUCCUGCGGCCGCCACACCAUGCAGCACCACCAGUAGCGCCAGUGAGGGGUGUCCGGGCCUCCUUUACCCCCAGCAGCUACCCCCACUCCCAGACCAACAGCACCAACAGCUACCCCCACUCCCGGACCAAUAGCACCAACCAGGAUUCUGCCAAGCGAUUGGCCGAAAGCAAGAGGGAGGGCACUGAGAUGACUGGGCAGGGCACUGAGAUGACUGGGCAGGGCACUGGGGCCCAGGGCAGCGCCUCGAUCACGGAGGGCAAAGCUGGCACCCCAGGACAGUCCGAGGCUGCAGAAAAGAGUGGUCAAACUGGCUGUCCACAGGAGGAGCGACCACACAUUAAGCCUCCAAUGGAAGUGACACGCACACUACACACACACACACACGCACGCGACGCCAAGCGUGAUACAAGGCUGCAUGAGACACAAACACACGCAAGUGGUGAGUCAGGUGGAAGUCCUCCUCUGGAACCUUCCCAUCAGAACGCAGUGAGCAGAACCUGCUCUGAGAACCCCAGAGACUCACUGGAGAAUGAUGCCAUGAGUCCUCCAAGCCUACAGGCAGAAAAGUGUGCAGAGGAGACCAGAGCAGCAGAGGUCCUGGGUGUGGGCUCCUCUCUGAAGGUUACCAUCCAGCAGACCAAUGAGAGUCGAGCAUUCAGCACAGGCCUGGAGGAACCAGCCAAUCACAGCCAGGACAGUGAUCAAAACUCCGCCUCCAGUCGCUUCCUCUGUUACAUAUGUAACACAACAUGCUGCAACCAGCAGGAGUUUCAGAGUCACAUGAACAGUCUGCAGCAUCAGCGUCGUCUGAUGGAGAUUCAGCACAUGAGCAGCACCUGCCUGGCCCAGCUACUGCCCAGCCUCACUGACCACAGAGAGAAGAGGCCGUCUCUACAGCGCUGGUGUACCACCUGCCAGUGCCACUUCUCUGGCGACCUGGUCGAGCACCGCCGGACCAAAGAACACAAGAUGUGCAAGCAUUCUUCCAGGCCCUUCUGCACCAUGUGCACGAGGCACUUCAGGACGCCACGCAAGUUUGUGGAGCACAUGAAGUCCCGAGAGCACAAGCAGAGGGUGGAGGAGCUGCAGGAGGAGCGGGGGCCAGAGCUGCUGGACGAGCUGAUCACGGUGGACGCCGUCGGCUGCUUCGAGGGUGAGGACAACUACGAGGAAGAGUCGAGCGAGGAAGAGGAGGAGGGGGUGGCCACCGGACAGAACGUCAGCAGGCCUGUAGUCACUGGUUCUAGUUUCGUGGUGCCGGUCGCUGGGUUCCUGUGCCGGCUCUGCCACAAGUUCUAUCACUUCGAGUCCACAGCUCUGCAGUCACACUGCCGUUCCCUCAGACACUUUCAGAACCUGCAGAAGUACAGAAGGAGGAGGAGGCGCUCUCAGCUCCCCCAGGAGGAGCGCCAGGAAGAGGAGGAGGAGGAGGAGGAGCACCAGGAGGAGGAGGAGGAGGAGGUGGAGGCCCCAGGGUUACACUGCAGCAGGGCUCCCCCCACACACACACGGAAACACACUCCACUGGAAACGCCCCCCACACACACACAGAAACACACUCCACUGGAAACGCCCCCCACACACACACAGAAACACACUCCACUGGAAACGCCCCCCACACACACACAGAAACACACUCCACUGGAAACGCCCCCCACACCCACACAGAAACACAGCGCACUAGCAGCGGCCUCUAGAGGAAAGGCGUCUCGCCGCAAACACCCGGCGAAGAGAUCCAGAACUCAGACCGAUACUGGACCAGAACCACACGCCGCUGGCGCUGACCAGACCGGCUGGGUGGACGCAGCGAAGCGGAGCUGCGUCCAGUUGCACGGAGACGACCUGUCGCAGGACAGCGGGCUGCAGGGGUCGGAGAUGGACAUCAGGGGGGAGGGAGGAGGGGUACACCCCAGGCCCUGUGACCCCCCCGACCGGGCUGAGGUUCUGUGUGACCCCCCCGACCGGGCCGAGGUUCUGUGUGACCCACCCCGACCGGGCCGAGGUUCUGUGUGACCUGGAGCUAGAGUUGGGCAGAGCUGACCGGGAGGAGGCCAUGGAUGGACUAGCAGAGACUGGUCUCCAGCAGCAGGACCAGCAGCAGCAGCCAAGUUCCUCCGCCAGCGGUCAGAGAUACUCAGUGACCAGGAGGAAAUCCACACGGGCCAGUAAGCGGCCGUGAGAGAGGCGAUGGACCAACGGUCAUCUGCUGCUGCCCUGCACCCACUGAGACACUUUCUGUCACCUGACCACGCACACCAACGUCCAAAAUGUUAACUGACCAUUUUACUGAGCGACGCCAGCACUGAAUGGUCAUCUCCGUGGUGACGGUGAGAUGGUUCGCUGGUGGAGCGCAGAGCAGUGGAACCCAACGUGGAUGUCAUGGCGCCGCCUACGUGCAGAGGCCUUCAGUCCGUAGUGGCCUACGCGUCUACGCGCAGAGGUCAUUAGUCGUCCGUAGUGGCCUACGCGUCUACGCGCAGAGGUCAUUAGUCGUCCGUAGUGGCCUACGCGUCUGCGCGCAGAGGUCAUUAGUCGUCCGUAGUGGCCUACGCGUCUACGCGCAGAGGUCAUUAGUCGUCCGUAGUGGCCUACGCGUCUGCGCGCAGAGGUCAUUAGUCGUCCAUAGUGGCCUACGCGUCUAUGUGCAGAGGUCAUUAGUCGUCCGUAGUGGCCCGCCUGCCGUCUGCUGUGAGAUGUGUGAGAAGGCAAAUUUCUCCUUGGGGAGACUAAUAAAGUUUGUAAUAAAGUUAAUAAACUUUGA